AUGCCAUGAAGAUAUCGAUGGUUCACAACUUGUACCCGAUAUUUUUUUUUUGGAAAUUGUGAAAUUUUCGAUAUAUUAUUAUCUUUCAGCUAUCUGCGUUGAAUCAGACGAACGCCAUAAUAUAAGAUUAGGUUGAAAAAUGUGUUCAAGUGCUUCUUAAAAUCGCGCUACUUACCUAUAUCCUAUCAUUCUAUCAUUGAUAUGGACCUUAAACUUAACAAGUACCUAAUGACAGUAUCAAGUGUUUUAUCCUUAUUUACAAAUCCUAUAAAUUUGGAAAUUAUUGUUUUUAUUUUGUAGGUAUAGGUAGGUACACAUAAUGGCAAACAUGAUUAAGCUAGUCGGUGCUAUUUGCUUAUCUUUAAUCUUUGCUGUUAUUCUCAGUGAAGUAACUGCCAAACCUCAACACCCUCCUCUGAAAAUUGUAAAUGGAACAACCGCUGAAAAUGGAGAAUUUCCAUACAUAGUUCAAUUGCUAGACUAUUCUAAUUAUUUCCUUUGUGGUGGAUCAAUUAUUGGCGACAGAUGGAUUUUGACUGCCGGUCAUUGUAUUGAAACUGGUGAAGGUGGAACAGUCGUAUACGGAACCAACGUCUUGGCCGAAAAUAGACAUCUCAACACCUCGAUAAAGAUCAAAGAUUCUUAUUUACAUCCACUUUUUAACUAUAACAACACUCCCAGUGGAAUCGUUCCAUAUUUUGAUGUUGGCAUUAUUGAGCUUGAACAUGCUAUUCCAUUUGAUUCCAAUGCACAACCAGUCCAAUUGGUUAAUUCUAGUGCUCAGGUGCCUUUCCACCAAAAUGGUACUUUAUCUGGAUGGGGUGUUACUGAAACCUAUGGAGAAGUUUCGAAUUACUUACAAAAGAUCAAUUUGCAACUUUUAAAUGAUACGGAAUGUGGCCAAAAAAUUGGCGACUAUGCUGGUGCGGAUAUCUUCAACAGUACUCAUAAUUUGUGUAGUGAUGAUUACUUUAACGGAGAAUGCUUCGGUGAUUCUGGAAGUCCUUUUGUUGUCGACGGACUUCAAUAUGGUGUGGUUUCUUGGUCUUUCAAACCAUGCGGCAUCACUCCAGGAACUUAUAGUCGUUUGACUACACCAGCUUACCGUGAAUUUAUCAGAAAUGUAACUGGAAUUUGAAAUUAAAAUAAUAAUAAAAAUAUUAUAUGAUGAUCUACUUUCGA